GUUAUAGCUCCCCUGACCAUUACGGAACCAAUCUUUGACCUUUGACCAACAUAAAUAGUUCCGUGUUAGUUUCAUAAUUUCUUUGGAUAAAUAUUAAUUUACUGGGGGUGUGUAUUCCCAUACAACGUUUUUCGACCUGUGUUUUACAAUUACGGAGGAUUUACUUAUUUUCAUUAUAUUCUCUGCAAGGGAUCUAUAAAUAACUAACAUUUUAGAUGUCUGGAUAAGGACCACCUGUUCGGGGGACGAAGUGAGCCGCAAUCUUGUCCCGAUUGAUCGGACGCGCGUUUCCCAAAUCGCGCCACAAGGGGGCACCAGAAACCUUGCUAUUCCAAACCGUGGGAAUCGCGCAUAAUCGAUCGGCGUGUUAAGCACCCGUGAUUUCUCCCGGCGCGUUUCCGGCCGUCGCUCGCCAGCCCCCCUGCGACUGCCUUCGGGAGCAGCCGCUAGCCCAGAGAGCUCAACAGCUGCCGCGGCGGACGGACGCACCGACGGACGGACGGACCGACUGACGAGCAGGGCUUUUCCCACUCCCUGGAAGGCGAGCGGCCAUGUUUGCUGGACGGCUUCUGGGUUAACUUUAGGGAGGGGGAGCGUACAGGAACUGGGAGUCUCUUCGCCUUUUGUUGUGCUCGACACCAUUCCCGACUCGCCAGCAUUUCGCUGGUCCCCCCCAACCCAAAUUACCGACAUUACUAUUUUGUCCACCCUCCCGUCCCCCCUUUUUACUCACCAUUUUUCACGCUUUUGGUGUUUUUUUACAUCUCUUUGCUGGGGGUGUUUGACUACUGGAGCCCGGACGAGCAGCCCGCUGCCCGGCGUGCUGGAUGUAAGACCGGAGAUGGCAAAGACCGUGAUUUCAACUUCGGAAUAGCAGCUGCGCCCGCACCAAUUCACCACUCGGCCCGCCGAAAGUGCCGCUCCGUGCGGACGGGGGGUCGCGGGGCGGAGGAAAGGCGUAUGUGACGGAGCGGGACAGGGGGCAUCGCAGGCGCUCCGGCGGACGUGAAGAUGGGUUGCAUCAAGAGCAAAGAGGACAAGGGGUCCUCGAAGUACCGGUCCGAGAACACGACGGACUCUGUCAGCGCACACGUGGUCCAUUAUGGGCCAGAACCCACGCAGCUGGACCCAGCCCCUGCCGGAGGCUACAACAGCCACUCGGUGACGCCCUUUGGCGGCCUGUCAGUCAUGGCUCCCUUUGGGGGUGCGUCGUCAUCCUUCUCCAGUGCAGUGGUCAACACUUUCCCGGGCUCUGUCUCAGGAGGGGUUACGUUUUUUGUGGCCCUGUACGACUAUGAAGCCCGGACCUCUGACGACCUCUCGUUCAAGAAGGGGGAUCGCUUCCAGGUCAUUAAUAACACGGAAGGAGACUGGUGGGAAGCACGAUCCAUCAACACUGGGAAGAAGGGAUACAUUCCCAGUAACUACGUGGCCCCCGCUGACUCCAUCCAGGCUGAAGACGCGGACGGGAUGGCGUUCAUCGAGAGGAUGAACUACAUCCACCGCGACCUACGGGCCGCCAAUAUCCUCGUCGGGGACAACCUGGUGUGCAAGAUCGCUGACUUCGGCCUGGCCAGGCUCAUCGAGGAUAACGAGUACACAGCCAGACAAGGGGCAAAGUUUCCCAUCAAGUGGACAGCGCCCGAGGCGGCGCUGUACGGCCGCUUCACCAUCAAGUCGGACGUCUGGUCCUUCGGCAUCCUGCUGACGGAGCUGGUGACCAAGGGCAGAGUGCCUUAUCCAGGCAUGGUGAACCGUGAGGUGCUGGAGCAGGUGGAGAGGGGCUACCGGAUGCCCUGCCCCCAGGGCUGCCCCGAGUCGCUCCACGAGAUGAUGAAGCAGACCUGGAAGAAGGACCCGGAUGAGCGGCCCACCUUUGAGUACAUCCAGUCCUUCCUGGAGGACUACUUUACCGCCACGGAGCCGCAGUACCAGCCCGGGGACAACCUGUAGAGGCGGGGGAGUGGUGCAUUCUGGGAGAUGUGGUCUGCUGGGAGGCCAGCUAGGAGCCUGCUGGGGCUGUAAAAAAACCACUCAUUUCAUUGUUUUCAUUUCACACUCUCCCAACCCCCAUCCUGUCUCAAUGUAAUUUUUCAAUCACUUUGUUUUCAUUUACAACACUAAUCCUGGACACAUCAGACACGUAUUGCAGGUACCACUGGUCAUUUUAUGGACAAUCCCCUCUCUCUGCCCCCCCUCCCGUUUAUUUUCAUGCAUUUGAAUCAACUGUACUUUUUUUUUUUUUUUUUAAGGUGACCAAGUAUUUAGUGUGAUUGUCCAGUCCUGUAAAAUCUCGAACGUCGCAUCGUACUGUGAAACCGAUCGAAUCUGCGAUACCCUGCCGGGUGUCUGGAACGAUAAACCGGGUUGUUUGAUCAUCUGACGUCUUUAUCGUCGUGAAUGGAUAUGAAUGAGAGAAACACAGCCAGUUCAGCUGGAAGAGCGAUUUUUAUCCCUUAUAGAUGUGUAGGAAACUUCCAUAGCGGAGCUUCGUAGGCUAACUAAUUUUAAUUUUCUUGUGUGUGAAUGAAUUAACUUGAAGCGUUCUUGCAAUUCCCACCCCCACCCCCCUUGUAAAUCUCCUCACCAUAUCUUUAAACAGGUCCAUGGGAGCAUUUCUAUUUCACUGCAAAUGCAUAACAUUCAGGGCGAGUAUCAUUUUUACAUGGCUGUCGAUUUGAGGUGAUGUGAUUCCUCAGUUUGAAUGUCAGGGUAAGAUAUGAGGCUGUUUGUCGACGCUAGGGGGCAGUGUAGCCGUUCCGCGUCCGCGGCGCUCUGUAUUGGCCUUGCUUUUUUCGCCUCAGGAGAUCCGUUUUUACUCUUCAAAGUCAGUUGAAUUUUCACUGUUAGCUCCUGUGUGCCAAAUCACAGGGGCGGAAAUUUCUGUACUGCAAGCCUUUAGUCAGUGGGAGUAAGGGCUCAGCCUAACUCGCACAGCUAGCCAAAGUACUGUCUAAUUAUUUUCACUGAUCUUUUUUUUUUUUUAAUUUGCCGGUGUUUCUCCCGCAUCUUAUUUCAUUACCAGCAAAAGAGCUUUAUUUGCAAAAACAAUGUUUUUAAGGAGGGCAAUUAGUUUACAAGUCUAUGUUAUUAAAGGUAACAGGUGCACCUGAAGAAAUUCAGAGACGCUUUUAUCGACAGAUGGCCUCACCGCUCGUUUUCGACUGGAGCUGGCUGCCAGGAAAGCCCACAAGAACACUACCGGAUUGAAAUACUUUAUUUUUCUGAUGUUUUCACUUAUGCGAUCGCAUUGUGGGACCAUCUUUGAGAGAGUACUGUGACACUGUGACACCAUCAGCUUGCGAAAAGUACUCCAGCCUUGAAUGUCACCGUGCAUUUGAGUCCGCUUCGUCACUGUGCGCAUGCGCGAAGAAGUGAGCUCUCUUCCAUACGCUGUGUGCUCGGACCAUGCCGCCCUGUCCCCUCCCUUAGCCAUGGUAAGGAUUUUACAAGGGCUUUGUACAGAGUCGUGAAAACUUUUAUUUUCUUUUUUUAAAGAGAAGUUUUAAACGAAGAGGGCACAAAAAAACUGAUUUUAAUGACCGGUGACAUGUAAAUCAUGAAAGAAAAAAGUUCGGUUACUAACCUGACAAAUAUGUACAGUGGAAAAAUAAAACAUUUCAUGCUUUUA